AUGAAAGACAACCGUAGCCCUAGAUGGUACAUACUUUCAUCAGAACACAAGUUGAUACCAGCCCCUCCGUUUCCUUACGGCCAAUAUCCCAGUUUCUCAGCUGUUGUCUCAAUUGGUUGCCAUAUUUACAUAAUCGGCGGAACCGUCUCACAGGGAAAGAGAAGCAGGAGAGUGUAUCUUCUCGAUUGUAACUCCCACCAAUGGCGUCGACUCCCCAAAACGUGUGUAGGUCGAAAAGGAGCGCGCGCUGAUGUCGUUGACGGUAAGAUCUAUGUACGCGGAGGCUGCAGCAAGAAGUACCACUUCACCGAGGUACGGAGAGAAAUUUACGACCCAAUGAAUCAAACUUGGGAGCUAGGUUUCCGCUCGCUGAAACGAGUAGGGUUCAUGUCGUCUGAUUUAAGAUUGGUUCGAGCUAAAAUGGAUUGUGCCAGAAGUCUGUAUAACCGUGCCCUUGAGCUUGGCCGUUACAGUAAUUUUUGCGUGUUAGCGAUAGGGAAAAACGAAUGGUGCAAAACAAUGGUAGAUAAUGGCUAUGGGACACUACUUUUCUCUGAGUUAAACUCUUCGCCGUGGACUAGCGUUUCGGGACUCGAAGAAAUGUCCUCUCAUCGUCUGAUCUCGGUGGCAAACUCUAGCAGAGGAGGAGGGAGAGUAACAGUUUGGUGGAAGAAGAGGGUGGGCUUUUGCCUUAAAACCGAGAUUUGGUGUGCAGAGAGUUUGUGUGAGAGACGAACAGACGGAAUGGUUUGGGGAGUCGUAGAAUGGUCUCAGAGUGUGUUUACUUUCCAGGGACAUGAACCGGAUCCCUUGGCCACAAUGCUAUAG